AUGGGUGCAUGUUUAACAUUGGAACGUGAAGAAGGUAAAGCAAGAAAGCGAAGUGAAGAGAUUGAUAGGCAGUUAGGUGAAUUCGCUAAACAAGAAAAUAAUGUUAUUAAAAUACUACUUCUUGGUGCUGGCGAAAGUGGGAAAAGUACCCUAGUGAAACAGAUGAAAAUAAUCCAUGCAGAUGGAUUUACACAUGCAGAACUCAGCAGCUUUCGACCAACAGUAUUAGACAACCUAUUGGCAUCUAUGAAAUAUGUUCUUGCAGGAAUGGGAGCAUUGCGAAUAAACCUAGAACAUCCAAGGAAUAAAGCUCAUGCUCAAAAUGUUCUUGUAGCUAAGAGUUGUUUUGACAUGAGCUUUAUGAUUCUACCUGGUGUGGCAGCUUCUUUACAAGUGCUUUGGACUGAUAGAGGUGUGAGGUUAGCUGUUGCAAGAGGUUAUGAGUAUGAAUUGAAUGACUCUGCUCUCUAUUUAUUUGAAAAUAUGGAACGAAUCUGUGACCCAAAGUAUGUCCCAAAUGCCACUGAUGUACUCAGAGCUAGAGUACGAACUCAAGGAAUAAUAGAAACUCAGUUUCAAAUAAAUGAUAUGAUUGUUAGUAUGUAUGAUGUGGGAGGCCAAAGAUCUCAAAGAAGAAAGUGGAUAUAUUGCUUUGAUGAUGUUAGAGCUGUUUUAUUUGUCAUAUCACUCAGUGGUUAUGACAUGACACUUCUUGAAGAUCCCAGUGUUAACAGACUUGAAGAAAGUUUGAACUUGUUCGGACAGAUUGUGAAUAAUCCUUUUUUCAGAGAAGCCUCAUUCGUGCUGUUUUUGAACAAAUUUGACUUGUUCAGGGAGAAAAUUUUAUAUUCUAGCAGACAUUUAAGGCUUUAUUUUCCAGAUUAUAGAGGUCCAGAUAAAGAUGUCGACCGGGGAGCUCUCUUCAUUCAGCACAAGUUUAUAUUGAGAAACGGUGAUUCCAGAAAAGUAUUAUAUCCUCAUUUCACUACUGCCACAGACACGGCCAACGUAAGAGUUGUUUUUCAGUCUGUCAUGGAAAUGGUGAUUUCUAGUAACUUAGGACAGGUUACAUUGUUGUAA